AUGACUGAAAAUUUAUUGUCCCUUUUACACAUUCAAAAGCUUGGUCAUCCACUUGAGGAAAUUAGAGUUAGAGCCUUAUCCAGUAUAUUAUCAAAAUACACAUUGAAUUUAGUUGAUGAGAGUAAUUUUGAAAAUACAAAAUUACUUUUGGAAAAACUACUAGAAUGGUUUUAUCAUGAUAAAUAUUCCGAUGAAAUAAAAGUUUUAAGUUUAAUUCUUAAAAUUUUAAAAAGCACAAAAGCAAAUUCAAUUCUCCCUGAUGUUUUAUCACAGGAAAAAAAAAUCAGCACUAAACAUUCCUUAUUAAUUGAAGAAAUUAAAUCAUGCCUCAAAAAAUUUGAUGGCUGCUCCGUAAAUAACAAUAAAUUAGAUGUGAAUGAUAUGAUGGGAAAAUCUAAAACUACCAAUAUUAUUAAUUUUAAUGGUUGUAGCAACAUAGAAAAUAAAAAAAAAUGUGAUUGCAAGACAGAAAAUAAUGAUAAAAAAAAAUACAUUCCAUUUAUAAAUUCAAAAGCAAUUCAAGAAUCGGAUGAAAAAAUAGAACUUGAAUUUAAGGAUUCGAGACGACCGACAAAAGAACAUAGUGAGCCUAAUUGUUUUAUAAUUGAAUUUUUUCCAUGGCAAAGUUUAGCAGAAAGUAAUGAACAAAUACUCACAUCAGUUUUUGAUAAUUUGAAAUAUCCUGACAAUAAAAAAUCAAUUUUUCAAGCUUGUCAAUUUUUUAAUGAAGUCGUUUUAAGAGACUUCCCAUCUGAAAUUUUUAUUCAACGACCAUUGUUAAUAAGAACAUUCAUACAAUUAAUGUCAACUUUAGAAAAUAGUGCAAAAAUUCCUGUGAUUAAAUGUUUAAUCAAUAGUAUUGAAUACAUUCAUAACAGUUUUCAACUAAACUUAAAUCCAUCGUAUUUUUGUCAAAAAAAAGAAUUUUAUUCAUUAUCCGUUUUUUCAAACGAGUCAAACAAUAAUGAAAAAGACGAAAGUAAAAUUGUGAAUCAGUUUAAUUUCAGUAUUAAUUGCGAAGAAAACGAAUACAAACUUGAAAGUGAAAAUGAUAAUAAAUUAAAAAAUUACCAAUUAUCAUUGCCUAAAUUUACAUUUGAACUUCUUUUUCAAAGUUUGCCCAUGUUGAAAAAGGAUUUAAACGAUGAAGAAAUAAAUUGUUUGCUCAUAUUAAAUUAUAAACUCAUAAAAUUUUUAUUUUCAAAUUUAAAAUCACAUGUUUGGUUUAAUAAAAAUGAUUUAAAAGACAAUUUUUAUAAAAUAUUUGGGAUUUUUCAAGAAUUGUUGAAGUUUUACAGACAGAUGCCUUCGGAAAUAAUGCUCAGUGAAAUUUUACCGAGAAGUCUUCAUUUAGAAUUAGGAAAUUGCAUAUUCGAUUGUUCUGUAUAUAUUAUGUUUCCACAGUUGCAUGCCAACAUUGUUAAUUAUGUAAAACAAUUUUUUGGUCAAAGAGAAAAAAUUAUUUUUCAAGAUUACAAAGAUGUUAUAUUAAUAUUAGAGUCUAUGAAAUCGGCCAUUGUUUUUUUAAAAUGCAGAAGUAAAUUGAAAAGUAAAAUGGACAAAUUGGAAUGUGUUUCUCAAUCUGUUCCCAGUUUGGAUUUUCAUCAAAAUUUCAAUUUCAUUCAUUUUUUUGUUACUUCUUGCCUUUUGAAAUGGAGCAAAGCGGAAAUGACUGAUAAAGAAUUGGAAAUGAGAGCUAAUAUUUUUGUGAAAAUAUGCACGUAUCAAGAAAUAAAUGAAUAUGCUGUGAAAUUUCUUGGAAAAGAAGAAGCUGUCACUCCCAGUUGUCUUCAUCCUGGAGAUAAAAUGGAAUUUCUUUUCGACGUUAAUAUUUUAACCGAAAUGAUAUGCCACGGUUUGAUUUCGGAAUUUCCCGAGGUCAGCAAGUGUAGUAGUAACGUGUUGACACUCCUUUUAAAAAGUAAAUUUAUCAUGUCGGAAAAUUGUUGGAAAGAUUUUUUAAAUUCUCUCAUACCAUGUUUAUGUUAUCUUGAAUGUUUUGCCGAUAAGGCCAACAUUUUGGGAAGAUGCAUAAUUAAAAUGUUCGAUCCGGAUGUUGCGAAAACAACGGGACUUCCCCAUCUCGAGCUUUUAAAAGGAAACAUUCGACUUCUUUUUUCGAAAAACGAUUUGACGAGAGACGAAGCCAUGCCGAGACUUUUUUGGCUGUUGAACAAAGAAGAUUUGGAAAAUAAAAAAUUACCGAAAAUGAGCGUUCUCACCGGUUUGAAUUUGAACGGGAUUUGCAUCGGUGUUAAGCCGAUCGAUUAUUCUAACACACCCCAAACUUUUUACAAUCCCGGUAAAUUGUGGGACGUUUUGGAAAUUCUAGGAUCUGAAAAUUUAGAACCAAACAUUCGAAGAUCUGCACUUUCCCAAUUGAGCGCAAUGCUUGAUGACGUAUCUCUCCAUUCGGUUUUCGUCGAACAAAAAGGAAUCGCGAAAAUAUUGAAAAUUCUCGACAAUAGUUUGGUUGAGAAAGAGUAUCGGAAUUAUCCCGAUUCAGUCAUUCCGAUCGUCAAUAUUUUGCGACACGUAUCAUUACAUAAUGGCACAGUGUGCCUGGAACUCGGUUCUAACAUCAACGCAUUGUACAACAUACUUCGAAGCCUUUUUCUUUUCAGCAACGACGAAAGGUUGCGACGAAAUGCCGUCGAAUUACUUUCCCUACUCUUAUAUUCCGAUUGUAUAUUAAGAGUACCUGCCAACGAAUCCAACAAACGCAUCCUGUCUUUUCCCGACAUUGUAAUUUCUAAAAUGAAUUUACCCUUUUUAACACACGUUCACUGGAGAAAUAGUAAACAUUUGGAGCCUUCAAUUAAAAAAAGUAUUCUAAGUAAAGAAACCUGUUCUAAAUUACUACGUGUUUUCUGGAGCGUACAAUGGAUCGGAAACAUAUCCGAUUUUUUAUCAAUUCAACCGUCCGAAAUAAAAAAUAAAACUUAUUAUCAUGGAAUUCCAAACGAUCUUGUAAUUUCUUACGACGACAUCAUCGAAUUAAAAAAAUGUUCUUUCGUGCUGACCGUUAAACAAACGCUUUGCGACAUACAAAAUGCGACGACCCACGAAACUGUCUGCAAUUACAUUCAAAAACUUCAAAGUUAUUUGAUUUUUUACAACGUUGAAAAAUCGGGAGGUGAAAAGAUGAGCAACGAAGUUGCGACUGAUAACGUUUUAUCACACAUGUUAUGGGAAUCGACGUUGGAAAGAUUUUUAACAUCUAUGCCAGCCUGCGGUUUGGACGAGUCACUUUUAUUAUACGUCGUCGAAUUCAUAAUAAUAUUAUUGAAAAGUUUCAAAUCCGAACGUUUGAUUAAUUGGAUGGAAAAAAUUUUAAUCGACACGCACAAACCGUUUUUUAAAAUAUUAAAAAAUUUAGAAUAUGAAAAAACGGAAAUGAAGGGAAGUAAGUUACCCAUUCGGAUAAUAGAAUUAACCAGGCAGAUAAUUUCAUACAAGGAAAAUUUGGAUUCGAAAAAAUGGUUUUCAUACAUGGAAUUGAUUCACGAUCAUUUAACGUUGAAAGAUUUUCACGAUGCAGCCUACGUCGAUUGGCUAAUGGAACUUUUGGUCGAACUUACGAGUAAAUGCAGUUUCGGCGAAAACAAUUCGGAAUUUUAUAAAAAUUUAAUCGUGAGAAUCGUUGAAGUUUUAAUCGCGUUUCACUGCACGCAAGAUUCGACGGUUUCUUUCAUUGGAAUGAACAUAAUUAAAAAUUCAAUAUUUGCAUUAAAUCACAUUUUGUGGGAUACUCAGUUACAUUACGAGGAUUGGGAAGACGCGUGGUUUAGCGCGCUGACAAAAGUCAUUGGACACGUUGAAAAUCCCAAUUACUGUUGGCUCCUUUCUUUUUGGUUUCUGCGGGAUCCGAUCGCACGAUCUGCCGGAUUUCAAUUGUUUUCGGGAUUGACGAUCACGUCGAAAGGUUGCGAACUAUUGAUAAAACGACUCCACGUUCCUUUCGCACACAUUUGGUCGGUGGGAUUCAACGUUUUUUUCGACGAUAACGAAUCGUGCAUCGUCAGGGAAAAAUGCGGAUUAAUGCUUUCGAAUUUGAUUCGAAACGGAUCGAAACACUUUAGCAAAUGUUUAUCCGAUGAAUUUCAAAGCAUUAAUUUCUAUCAAAAUGUACUCGAUGUCAUCGAUAAUUUUCAAUACGAUAAUAAAAUAACCGAAUUGAUUCUCGAUGAGAAGAAAAAUGUUUUUAUAGGAGAGAAAAAAAGUACGCCAUCUUAUCUCAACGCCGUUCUCACCGUCUUGUCGUCUGCUCUUUUUAACAAUCCAUCAACCGUUUGCGAAAAUAUUUUAAAUAACGGCAUAUUAAAAAGCUUAAUAAGGGUUUUAGGCGAAGGUCCGGAUUCAAGUUUUACAUGUGAAAAUCAUUGGUACUUCAUUGAUGUCAUAGAAAUGUACACGACGAGUUGCAUUUUGAUUAAAAAAUGCGUUUUGACGAGUUAUCGAGCUCAAUCCUUCAUCAUCCAAUCCCAAUUUGCUUUAAAUUAUUUUUUUUCAAUGAUAAAUUAUAAUCUUUACUGUAAAUCCUUUGAAGCAAUGUCCAGUUUCAAAACGGAAUUAUGGUGCGAAAUCCUGGAUUUGUUUUCGGCCAUAUUGAAAAGCAUACCUAAAAGCGAACAAAACGACGUGGAUCAAUUUUCCGCUUUCAUGGCAAUAAACAAAUGCCUGACGAAAAACGGAAUCGAUUGUUUCAUAUCGUCCCUGUACAUUUCACUGCUCGACGAAUCGUCUUCUCUGAGACAAUCGGUUUUGAAAUUUUUGAUUAAUUUGUUACGUCACGAAAUAAUGAUAUCGACGAAAAAAUCCGUCACGAUUUCCGACAUAUUCGAACGGAAAGUUUCCGAAGAUGUUUUGAACGUAUACAAGGCAUCACGUAAAAGAGACUACAACGUGCCCGACAGCUUGACGUUGAGUUUUGGAAUUCGUUUGACGGAUAUUUUGCUUCAAAUGUUUUUACUCAACAUCGAAGACAUAUCGCAUCCGUUGAAAACGAUCACGGCGGAUGCAUUGGGAAAUUUGCUCGUCGUGUUUCCACCCUCUCGUGAUUAUUGCUUGAAACAAAAUCUGUCCGUUUCCGUUAUUUUGUACGUGAAACAAAUUUGCGUCAAAUUAAGUCUCGAUUGCGCCAACAGUUUGAAAAAAUUAUCGGAUAAAAAAAGACUUGAACCAUUGCUGCAAAAUUUAGAAAUUUUAUUUCGUUUAAUAAAUAAUUUCAUGCAUAAAAAUGAAAAUGGAAAAAUGGACGUCGCAAAUAGAGAUUUUUCAAUUGUCGUUCAUAAAUUAUGGCCGUGGUGCGUAACGAAACAAUCUCUCCUGUUGGUGACUCUUAAAAUGUUGUGCACGUACACGAACGAUUGCUCUCAAGGUUGUAGAUCGUUGGCGGCGUCGUCGAAUUGCACAGUGAUGAGCCUGAGAAAAAUGCCAGGAUCGGUUACGUUGAUGAGUGCAAUAUUCAAUCAGGUAUCGAUGGAAAUGGAUACGAUGUCGAAAUGCGAACAACAUCAAACGAUCGGAUUCUGUUUGGAAAUUUUAUCCAAUUGCUGCGGAGUGAACGAAUGUCGGACGGUCAUAUCGAAAAGUAAUCUUUUUCAAAGUUUUUCCAAAAUUAAUUCGAAAAAACGGAAAAAAAGACCCAACAGCGAAGCAAUCAUCGAAUCGUGGCUUCAUUUUUUUCUAACUUUUUCGUCAUACCAAGAAGGACAACUCACCAUCGCCAAGAAUCAGGAACUCCUGGAUGACAUCAUUUCCAUCGGAGGAACAACAUCCAAAUCCAAUCAUCGGAUCCAAGCAUUGAAAAUAUUGAGAAACGUUUGUUUCAAUCAAGGCAACAAACAUCGAAUGUUGUGUUCCGGACCAUUUUUAAAUCUUCUCCUGGACACUUUGAAUUCCGAAUUCAAACGGGAAGAAGUAGAACAAGUCAUCUAUGCGAUAUGGGCUUUGGCGUGCAAUUCGCAAAAAAAUAAAGUUAUUUUAAAAAGUGCCGGAUUCGACGUGAAAUUAGAAUCUGCGAAAAGAAAUAUGUCGUCGUUUGAUGGCGAUUCGAAAACAAACGAUCUCAUCGAUGUCGUCGUGGAAAUUUUUAAAAAUAAAUAA